AUGGAGAAAGUUAAUCACACUGUAACAGAAUUCAUUCUUGUGGGUUUUACCACAGACCCUGUGAUCCAGCUGGUUCUCUUUGGGGUGUUCCUUCUAAUAUAUUUCACGACUGUGGUAGGAAACAUUACAUUAAUUACACUAAUUUGUACAGACUCCCGGCUCUACACAGCCAUGUAUUUCUUUAUUGGAAACUUGUCUUUUUUGGAUCUCUGGUAUUCCAGUGUUUAUACCCCCAAAAUCAUGUUGACAUGUAUCUCUGAUGACAAGAGUAUUUCCUUUGCUGCUUGUCUGGCUCAGUUUUUCUUCUCAGCUGGGCUAGCAUACAGUGAAUGUUACUUGUUGGCCACCAUGGCAUAUGACCGUUAUGUUGCCAUUUCAAAGCCACUGCUCUACUCCCAGGUUAUGUCCCCAAGAUUAUCUUCAUAUCUCGUAGCAUCUUCUUAUAUUGGAGGCUUUAUUAACUCCAUUAUCAUUACAAGUGAAACAUUCACCCUGACUUUCUGCAAGGGUAAUGUAAUUGAUGACUUCUUUUGUGAUUUGCCCCCACUGGUGAAGUUGGCUUGCAAUGUGAAGGACAGUUAUCAAAACGUGCUCUAUUUCAUCCUUGCCUCCAAUGUCAUCAGUCCUACUGUUCUCAUUCUGGCUUCCUACCUCUUCAUCAUUGCUGCCAUUUUGAGGAUUCGUUCUACCCAGGGCAGACUUAAAGCCUUCUCAACAUGUGGUUCCCACCUGACAGCUGUGACCCUAUACUAUGGUUCCAUUCUCUAUAUUUAUUCCCGUCCUAGUACUAGUUACUCUCUGGAGAGGGAUAAAAUUGUGUCUGUGUUCUAUACUGUGGCAAUGCCCAUGUUAAACCCAAUGAUCUACAGCUUUAGGAACAAAGAUGUCAAAGAAGCCUUAAAGAAAAUGAGAGAUCGAAUAUGUGUUUCCUAA